AUGAACGACGUCCUAAGCUCACCGGGCCCGUCGCCAUCCAAGCAGACUGCGGAGCGCUCGCGCACACUCGACCUGGAUGGCGACGCUCAUCUCCGCGUUGCCAUGGUAAUGCGCUGGCAGCAACUCUUGAUCACGUCGCAGGUGUCCUCGUCGCUCAAGCAACCAGCUGGAUUUGAUUCUGUGUCGCACUUGGCGGUCGAAGGAGCGGUCGUCACCAUGACAAGGUCCAUGGCCGGCCUCCUCCUGCUGAGGCUCCUCCUCCUCAUCGACCCGGCCACGACGUCGGCUACCACUCAUCCCGACUCCACUUCGGCGUUCCCGACGGCGUCGCUUUUUCAGCCGCCGGCUCCACCCGAGUGCACCAAGAAAGAACAUCCCAAAGUGUCCACGCAAGUGCUCAGUCCAUGGAUGGCCACGUUCUCCUGGACGGGCGUGCGGGAUUUCUCCCAGCUCACGCUCGACCUUGCCAGGAACGAACUCAUCGUUGGUGCCAGGAACUUCUUGUUCAGGUUGGACCUUAGCAACAUGUCCUUGAUCCAGGCAACGGAAUGGGCGCCCGACGACGAGACCAGGAGGUCCUGUCAAAGCAAAGGCAAGACUGAGAUUGAAUGUCAGAACUACAUCCGAGUGCUGCUGGUGAACAAGACCCAAGUAGUGACCUGCGGGACCAACGCCUUCCAGCCUCUCUGCACCACCAGAGAGGUGGGCAACAUGAGCAAGGUGUUGGAGCGUGUUAACGGCGUGGCCCGCUGCCCUUACGACCCUCGCCACAACUCCACAGCGGUGUUGACGGAACGCGGCGAACUUUACGCCGCCACAGUCAUCGACUUCUCCGGACGCGACCCCGUCAUCUACCGCAGCUUGGGCGGGAUGCCGCCUCUACGCACCGCACAGUACAACUCCAAGUGGCUCAACGAGCCACACUUCAUCUCGGCAUACGACAUGGGCCUCUUCACCUUGUUCUUCCUGCGGGAGAAUGCGGUGGAGCACGACUGCGGCAAGACUGUGUACUCGCGGGUAGCGCGCGUGUGCAAAAACGACAUCGGCGGCCGCUUCCUGUUGGAGGACACGUGGACCACCUUCAUGAAAGCCCGCCUCAACUGCUCACGCUCCGGCGAGAUCCCGUUCUACUACAACCAGCUGCAGAGCACCUUCCAUCUACCCGAGCAGGACCUCAUCUAUGCCAUUUUCACCACCAACGUCAACAGUAUCGCAGCUUCGGCCGUGUGUGCCUUCAACCUGAGCGCCAUCACGCGAGCCUUCAACGGGCCUUUCCGCUCCCAGGAAAACCCUCGCUCCACUUGGAUGCCCACCCCCAACCCCAUCAGCAACUUCCAGUGUGGGACCAUCGAGGAUGAGGGCCCUAACGAGGGUCUGACAGAACGCAGCCUACAGGACGCCCAACGCCUCUUCCUGAUGAACGAGGUGGUGCAGCCUGAAUCGGUUGACCCCUUAGUCAUGCAGGACGACGUACGCUUCUCCCACCUGGCCGUGGACAUCGUACAGGGAAUGGACACGCUUUACCACGUCAUGUACAUUGGCACCGAAUACGGCAGCAUCCUGAAGGCACUUGCCACGUCCAACAAAAACCUGCAAGGCUGUUACCUAGAGGAGAUGGAGCUCCUCCCAUCUGGUGUACGCCAGCCAAUCCUGAGCCUGCAGAUUCUGCACAGUGACCGUUCGCUCUUUGUGGGUCUUAGCGACCGAGUGCUGAAGAUCCCUUUGGAGAGAUGCUCCACGUACCGCACUGAAAUGCUGUGUUUGGAGGCCCGGGAUCCUUACUGCGGCUGGGACAUGCGUCAGCGCCGCUGCACCACGCUGGAGGACAGCACCAACAUGAGCCAGUGGAAGCAGAACAUCACAGCAUGUCCGACGCAUAACCAGACCACGCACGGCGCAUUUGGUAACUGGACGGCGUGGCAGGCCUGCAACAACGACGAUGGUGUUGAUGGCGUCAGUUCGUGCUUGUGCCGCUCUAGGUCAUGUGACAACCCGGCCCCUCGCUGCGGAGGCCGGAUGUGCGAGGGCGCCACCAUUGAAGUGGCCAACUGCUCAAGGAACGGAGGGUGGACGCCUUGGUCGUCAUGGGGACAAUGCAGCACCAGCUGCGGUACAGGAUUUGAGCUGCGCCAGCGCUCAUGCAAUAACCCGGCACCGCGGCACGGAGGUCGCGUCUGCGUGGGGGCCAGCCGUGAUGAGAGGUUCUGCAACGAAGGGGUCUCAUGCCCACAGCCAGUUCUGUGGUCACCGUGGGGCUCGUGGACCAAGUGCAGCAGUGAUUGUAGCGGAGGGGUGCACUCGCGGGUACGCAACUGCGAGAACGGCAAUAGUUGCCCUGGAUGCGCCUUGGAGUACAAGGCGUGUAAUCUGGAGGCAUGUCCAGAAGUGAAGCGGAGCACGCCAUGGACUCCUUGGACGCCGGUCAACGUGACGCAAGGCGGCGCUCGACAGGAGCAGCGCACGCGCUACAUGUGCCGCGCUCGCCUGGCCGACCCGCAUCAGCUGCAAAUGGGGCGACGCAAGAUGGAGACCAGGUUCUGCCCAAAUGAUGGCACAGCUGCCUGCGACACCGAUGACCUGGUAGAAGAGCUGCUCAAGACCCCGCUAGUCCGAGGGUCCAACACCCCUGGCUGGUCUUCAUGGGACUCCUGGUCCGGUUGCUCCCAAAGCUGCUCCAAAGGAUAUCGUACCCGACGGAGAUCUUGUGCCGGACCAGAGGGCAAGAGCGCCCCUGUGGCAUGCAGAGGCUCUCCCGUGGAGUAUCAGGACUGCAACGUACAGCCAUGUCCAGUGAAGGGCGCAUGGUCGUGCUGGUCAGCGUGGUCGGUUUGCUCAGCGGGUUGCGGUGGCGGCCAUUACCAGCGAACGCGGGUGUGUGGAAGCCCGCCGCCUGCCAACGGGGGCGACAUCUGUCUGGGAUUGCACACCGAGGAGGCGCUCUGCAACACACACACGUGUGAUGAUGCGUGUUGGGCCCCAAGGGAGCAGACGGAGGUCCGGGCUGACAGUGGAGGCGGGUGGAUGGCCUGGUCGCUCUGGUCGGCCUGCGACGACUCAGGGGUGCAGAUGAGGACCCGAAUGUGCGGGGCCGCCGGGGGCGCCCCCUGUGUGGGUAACGCCACCCAACGUAGGGACUGCAAUGAAAUUCCUGCAUUCACGUCUAUCCACCUGAUCGCCACCGGGGUGUCCUGCUUCCUGGGCGCGGGUCUCCUGUCCUUCCUGGUCUACGUGUACUGUCAACGAUUCCACAAGCCGUCGCAGGAGUCGGCGGUCAUCCACCCGACCACGCCCAACCACCUCAACUACAAGGGCAACGUCACGCCAAAGAACGAGAAGUACACACCCAUGGAGUUCAAGACAUUGAACAAGAACAACUUAACGCCGGACGAGCGCUCCAACUUGUUCCCGCCGUCGCUACAGCAACAGCAGGCCAACGUGUACACCACCACAUACUAUCCGCCCGCGCUUGGCAAGUUCGACUACCAGGCCAACGCCUCGCCGUCGCCCUGCCGGACGUACAACCGCACCAACAACAGCUGA